AUGGAUAUGGAGCUAAAUGGGCGAAAUGCUGAUUUUUGCCGAUCCUUAAAGUUUAAAGCACCAAAGGAUAUCGAAACUAUCAUAUUAAGGCUAUGCAUCCUGCCUGCUUUUCAUACUUUUCUUAUGUACCGUACCUAAAGCUAUAUUUUUCAUUAUUUGUGCUAAAAUAUUCAUGAAGACCUAUCACUCCUGGGUUAAAUUCGGUGUUUUCACCCCCCAGUACUUUAGUUUCAUGACUCGAGAGUGUGUUGAUGAUUGGUUCAGAGCAGCUACGUGUAUGACAUCACUGCAAAACUUAGAAUAACGGUGCAUUAGUGAGAGUUUUAGAUGGUUUGAAGGGCAGUAACUCUGUGCUGACAUUUGGGGAGAAAACUACACUGCAAGCAGGCUGGUUUUCUCAUCCGGGCAUCGUGGUAACGACGCGGAAAUGGACCUGCUGCACAGCUAUGACGAUGACGGAGAGAGUAGUCAAAUGUCAGAUAACAGACAAUCUGGUGACCCUGUUGGCGUUCCUGCAGAUCUUGAAAGAAUCCCUACUGGUGUAGCUAAACCGACAACUGACUUGGAAUCAGAAUGGGCUAAUUUUGAAAAAUUGCUGGCUGGAUCAGAGGUUCCAGCUGAAGAUAACAAGGCCAGUGUUGCUUCUGUCUCUAAGGAAAAGGGAUCCCGAUCACGGACGCACUCCAGAUCGCGGUCCAGGUCUAGGUCAAGGUCAAACAGCUCUGGUUCUUCCAGUUCUUCACGGUCAACAUCAGCCGAUUCAGUGAAGGAGAAAAAAGACAAGAAAUCUUAUUCAUCAAGCUCUUCAGAUGAGGAAGACAAGAAAAGUUCUCAUGAGCUGAAAGCUGAAGGGAAUGAAGCAAGCAAAGAAGAGGAUGCUGUAUCUACUCGCUCUCCACCAAUCACCCAGAAGGAGCGCUCCCCAACCCCCAUCGAAAUCCCACGGUCCCGAUCCCGAUCAGUGGAAAGAAAGAAUUCCUCUGACAGGCUUCGUAGGAAAUCUAGAUCCCGAUCACGUGGUCGCCAUGGCCACUCAUCACGCAGACGGAGAAGGUCUAAAUCUAGUUCACGUUCUAGGAAUAGGGAGAAGGGGCAUCAUCGAGGAUCUAGGUCAAAACACCAUCGAAGAAGUCGCUCCAGAGAUCGCCAUCGACGAUCAAGGCGGAGGAAAUCCCGUGACCGCUCUCGUUCCAGGAACCGUUCUCGAAGCCGGAAUCAUUCUCGAAGUCGGGAUAGGAAGCACCGGAGACGAGGGAAGCAUCACAGAAGUAGAAGCCGGUCCCGAUCGAGAAGUCGAGGUGCCUCACAUCGUUCCCCUCAUCGUGAAGGAGGGAGGUAUAGAGACCAGAAGUUUUCAGGGGCAGGGUUUAGAGGUUCUGAGGCAUCCAAGCCCACAUUUAAGGAGAAGAUGAGGCAGCAGUUGCUAAAGGCCAGUAAGAUGCUGACACAGCAGGCUCAGGCUGGCCAGCUGCCCCCUGAUGGAGAAAAACCGCUAGAAUCACCCAAAGAGAAGCCAAGUGCUCUUCCAUUAAAUGUAACAAAUGCUUUCCAGAAUGCAACAAAUGCAUCUAAUGUCACUCCCCAGAUGGCGCUGCUUCAGACCAUGGCUGUUAUGCACCAGAAGGCACAGGAAAUGACAGGGAUUGCUGUACCCAAGUAUUAUAACCCAGCUGCUGUGAACCCUCUUAAGUAUGCAGAGCAGGUACAGAAGAGAAAACUGCUGUGGUCUAAGUCUAAGGAUAAGAAAGAGGAGACACAGGGUGUGUGGCAGGCGACCAGUUUUAACUCUGAUCAGGAUGGCAAAGUGGCAGCCAAGUUCCGUAAGCUGAUGGGGAUGAAGGAGGGGGAGGAGGAGCAGGAAGCAGAGGGAGGGGCUAACCACACCUCUAACAAGUCAGACGACAUCAAUCGUAAACAACAGGAACUAUUUCAGCGACUCGACCGCGAGUAUGAGUUCGCACGAAUGACAACACACACACACCGAGGGAUUGGGCUUGGUUUCCAGUCACAGGGACUUCCAGACACGUGACACUAAGGGUUAUGUGGUCUUUACGCCCUGACCCACACGCAGAAACACGUCCAUCCCACUUGCCUCACCUCUCUGCAGAAUUGGGUUUUCGUGGUACAUUAUUUAUUUGCGUGAUGCGUCCUGCAAAUACAGGCUAAAAACAGCAGCAGCAAAUUUGUGAAUUGAAGGAAGGAAGAGUCACCUUUGUAUGUGCCAGAUGACUUGACAAGCAUACACAUGUAAAUUGUACUGAGAGAAAUCUUGUGAUGUUAAAGUAGGCAUCACUUGUUUACCUGGUUGUGAGCAGAUUUGAGGCGGAGAAUAGUUGGCAGAAGGGAAUGUUUCUAUUUGUUUUGAUGAUUUCCCAUCCUCCGGUGGCUUGAGGAUGUUAUGAGAUCUUAAGAAUCUUAAGAAACACAUCAUUAAUAUUUGUCCCAGCGUGGAAUUAUAUGCAUCUAUGUAGCAGACUUGGGGUCUGGAGUCAGACCUGCGUUCCAGCUAAAUACUGGAAAAUAACUUAACUGUGAUAAUUGUAUACAUGUAAUUAUGUAAGACUUGCACAUGUAUGUGCACACAAUGCCUGUGAGUACUGCCAUUAAUACUGCUUAGUCUGCCUGCACAUACACUUCUAAAUUCCUUUGUGAAAACUAAAAUAUUACCGCAGAAAAUUUAGCAUCUUUUGACAAAGACUGUUUGAAUAAUGUUGCAUGUUUAACUGUGUUGCCAGGCUACUAAUCAGACUUUUAUCACUGUUUAGUUUGUCAAUACGUGAACUUUAGUAGCAUAUGGUAAAUUUUUUGUAUGUAAGUUAUGAUAACAAUUUUGUUUAUUGUUUACAUGUUAGAAUUAGAAACUUCAUAAAUGAAAACACCAGUGUCAAGAUCGUUAAGGUUUGUUAUGCAUACAUUUACUUGUUUUUGACUGAUUUUGAUUUCCAUUUAGCAUAAACUUGAUUUUUUUUGAGUGCUGAAAUUUCGUGCGUUUCACAUGAGAAAAUAAAUGCAGAGUAGAAUCUGUGUUGCAGAAAUCAUCAGUUCUGUGUGUUAAGCCUGGUUCUUGUUUCAAAACUUCGCCAGAGCCGAGCGACUGUGGACUGCCACGUUAUCCCUACAAGAGGCAGGGAUUACCUUUUCUAUGAUAACCAUGCUUUAGCUGAUGCUUGUACUUGUAACUUAACUAGUGCUUACCUCGCCACCGUUAUCAUUUUCCAUUUGGAAUACAGUAUGUUCUCAAUGGUGGUGCAUACAGUAACUAAAAGAGUGCAAUAACAUGUUUUGUGGGGUUUACAUAUGCUCAUACUUUGCCUGUGGACAGUUUGUAAAAUAGUAAGUAAAGUAAGUAAGUAAAAUAAUAUUGGACAAGUUCAGAAUGCUGUUUGAAUCCAUGUACACGGAAUUCUUUGUUUUGAAGCAUUUAGAUAUAAGAAGGAUCUGGGAAGCCAGGUGUUAACAGUUGCACAUGUACUACUUCUUACGACUUAAUAAAAUCCUGACAACAUUGCUGAUCACCUGGAAUGGUUGAUCAACUUAAAUUGCUC